AUGAUAUCGUAUCUCAAAUCCCCGGGGAAAUUUAUAUCGCUAGAAUGGUUGUAUUCGGCAUCAUUUGCAAUAUUAAUGUUUUUCAUUUUAAGUAUGACAUCAACAAUGCCUGUUGAUGUUAUCGUCCAGAGUAAAACAACAAAUACUCAUUUGGCUACAAACACUGUCAUCAUUUUGGUGAUUUGUGUUGUUUUCAUUGCAUUUGCAACUGUACUUCAUUUAUUUCGGCUCUUGUUCAAUAAACUACUUUUACAGGAAAUUCCGAAACCUUACAUCCCCAUAACUGAAAAGGAUAUUGGGAAACAUGCAAGCAGAAUGAUAGAGAAGGAAAUGGAUAGAUGCAUGCAGAUCAAAGAAAUGGCAAUGCCCAAGGGGAACAUUGAACAUCCCGGCCUAUACCACCCUUCAGAGUACGAUAAUUCAGAUAAUGUUUAUGAAUUACCAAAUGAUCUAAUCUACGAGAACGUCAUCCAAAUAAUCGGCCAAGAAAUCAAAUACAAUGGUACUUUAACAUUGUCUAACUCGAAAAUAUUGAGAUUAGACAACCAUUAUUCUCUUCGAGAACAUCUUCAAUUUUAUCAGUCUGAUCCUAAAAUCAAAAGGUUUCUCGACUCUUAUGAGGAGUUGAGGUUUAGUGGUAAACCAAUCUACCUCAAAGACUUUGAGGAAUUCCUACAGAACUGGAGUUACGUGAAGAAAACCAUUUAA